AUGUUGUUAACUGACCCGUUUCUUCCUCUGUGGAACUGCAUCAAAUCAAAUAAAAUUUGCUUUGAUAAAAUCCCUCAUAUCUAUCUAUCUCUUCACUCUCUGACUCUCUCUUUCUUUUUAUCUAUCUAUCUAUCUAUCUAUCUAUCUAUCUAUCUAUCUAUCUAUCUAUCUUUUUUCUUUUCUUUUUUUAAGAGGACGCAAGGGCUAGCUAUCUAUCUAUUUAUCUAUCUAUCUAUCUAUCUAUCUAGCAUUUUUACUCUCUCUCUCUCUCUCUCUCUCUCUCUCUCUCUCUUGGAUUUCUUCCUUGAUGGAAACACGAGCAACGGUGAAGGCGGCGAUGGCAGCUGCAGUUACAAUGAGCAGAAGCGCCAUAACUGUGACUUGAGUAAGCAAGGUUACUCUUCUAUCUCUCUCGCCUGGGUAUCAAACGUUUCUUUCAUUUUCAAAUUAUUUCUUCUUCUUCUUCUUCUUUUUCUUCUUCUUCUUCUUCUUCUUCUUCUUCUUCUUCUUCUUCUUCUUCUUCUCUGUUGUCAUUAUUCUUUUUUCACUUCUCUCUCUCCCUCACUGCUUACUCCAUUCACUUUCUUUUCUUACUUUUUUUCUUUCUUUGACACAUUUUUCUUUACUCGUUUACUGUUCUCAUUCACAUUAUUGUUGGUUUUCUCAAAAAUUUUGGUGAUAAUUCUUUCCUUUUCUUUCCUUCAUUAUACUUUUUUCUCCUCACACCAAUUCGUCAGUUCAUUUUUUCUCUCUUUUAUACUUUCUAAUAAUUUCCCCCUCCUCCUCCCCUCCUCCCUCCUCCUUCUUCCUUCUAAUCAGUUCUACAUUUCCACUUCACUGUCUACUGUACUCACUCUCUUUAUUUCUUUUUCUUUAUUCUAUUUUUCUUCUUUCUUUUUUACUUCUUCUUUUUCUUCCUCUUCUUUUUCUUCUUCUUCUUUUUCUUCUUCUUACCUGUUGUCAUUAAUUCCUCUACUCUUUGUUUCUUUCCUUCUUUCUUUCAAUUUCUUUUGCAGAGUUUAUUCCGUAUUUCCCUUUCUUUUGGUUUAUAAUUUUUUUCUCUCUUUGCUUCAUUUUUCUUUUUUCAUCAUUGUGCCUUCUGCUUCUCCAACAUUCUUUCUUUCUUUCUUCCUUUCUUUCUUUCUUCCUUUCUUUCAGAAAAUCAAUAAUCAUACCAGUGCUGUCUUCAUCACAACCAUCAGUAACUUUACAUUCUCUUCAUAG